CUUGCCGGGUUUACUUUCUCUCGGUCUGGCCCUCCGUUGGAGUCAUUGGCUGCCUGGAUGGACGGUACACUUUUCUUGGAGAUUAGGGAGAGGAUGCAGAGCGGAUUGCUGAUUAUUCGUGAAUUAAGUCAAGAAAGCUGGCCUGUGGAUAUUGCUGUGAUGCCUUCUUUAGUAGAACUAAAAAAUGAUAAAGUUUGCAAAGCUUUCAGCCUUCCACCAGAGGUCAGGAUCGUGCCUUCUUCCUGUCGAGGACUGCAAUAUCUGUCUGGUGAAGGCUUACAUAUGAGACUACUCGUUCAAGCAGAUUUCAGUAUAAAAUUGAUGCCAGCUGUUGGUGAGGGCCUGAAAUCCAAAAAGAGUUGUACUUUUUACUGUCAGUCUUGCGGAGAGACUGUAAUUAAUAAUAGGACAUUUCUCCGAGUUCUUUCCCUUCCUUUUGAGAACUGGAGUGAUUUGGUCGAGGAAUGGUGUUGCCAUCCUAACCCCUUCAAUGACAGCCUGCUUCAUCCCCAAAAUAAUGACUGUUUUCUUGGGCACAAUUACCUCCUGAUUAAUUCAAGAACUGAGUUAUCUGGGACAGAAUCUGGAAUCCUUUGUUCAGAGGAUGAAUGGGCUACAAGUAGUGAGUCUCUCUCGAAUUCACAGGCAAAUAGUACAGUAAUUUGCAAGCGCUGCAAGACCUUGUUGGGAGAAGCUAUGCCCUCAGGUGUCAUAAAAUACUAUUUCACAGAAUUGCUUGUUCAGCCAUCUGAAGACAGUUUCCAUGUAAUACCAAGGUCUUCCUUUAUACAGAGUGUUACAGCCCGGUGCUUCAUGGAACUCUCUUUUUCUAGAAGCACAUUUAGGUUCAGCAUCCAAGGAAUGGAUGGCAUAGUCUAUAUCUUGAUCUGGAUAUUGAACUGUGACACACUGAUGGUGGAAAUUUCAGGAAACACAGCUUCCAAUAACGUUUUUACAUUACUUGAACCUGAGCCGUCAUCUCCUUUGAGGCCUGCUGAGAUUCGUAAGGCUGUUAAAGUUCUUUACCAUCCUUGCACUGAGAACAGAAAUAAGGAUCUUGUUGAUGCAUGGGGAGAAGAUAGUGGAGUCUCUCCUCUGACAUUUCCAUCAAAGACCUGUUUGGAACUUCUGUUGAUUCUGUCUCAGAGUAAUGCUUCAUUGCCCCCUUCCCUUCGCUGGAUGAAUUCUUUCCAGGUCGCAUUUCUGAAACUGUAACAGGACCUGUAAAGAAAAAAUCCUCCUAGGCUAACCUUUGUCUGUAAAGAAUUAUGGAAUAUAAGACCUCACGUGGAGACUAUCUUUCUCAAAGUGACACUGAUGAUCCUGAAUCAAAAAAGAAAGCUGUAUAUUUCAGCUGCUGUUUGUUGACUUUGGAGUCUUGAGAAGUUCAGAAAAUUUGACAGAGGCAAGUUGUUCAAGCAUAGUUGUAGAGCAAGAGUUCAGAGAGUGAAUUAAUUUGAAAUGUCAGGAGUCUGGAUCACUCUACUAAUUCCCCAAGGAGAAGUCAAUUAUCUUCUGAAACAACAUCAGCUUUACAAAGAAGGCUUGAUAGCAGCUCCUUUGCCUUUUUUGAGGAAUAAAAAAGCUGCCAAGACUAUGCAUUGGAUAUGCAAUGUCCAAAUGGAAAAGUAAACUUCAACCCUUUGUGGUAAGCUUUGUUUUAGCUAUGGUUCUUUUGAUAGGCCAUGCAAAGCUAAUGGGUUAAAACAGGAGU